AUGAGUGCAACUAAUACUCCAGCUCCACACAUUGACCGUGAACUGGAUUUGUCAAAUACUGGAAGAGGUGUUUGGCUCGUAAAAGUUCCUAAAUACAUAGCCAAUAAAUGGGAAAAAGCGCAAGGCAACAUCGAAGUUGGCAAAUUAAAGAUAUCAAGAGUGCCGGGACAACGUGCUCAGGUACAGUUAUCGCUGUCGGAGGCUGUUCUAUGCCUCAAAGAUGCUGGAGAACAAAACGUACCUAAAGAACAUCGUCUCGACGUAUCUAAUGUCACGAGACAGUCUUUGGGUGUAUUCUCGCAUGUGAUCCCUGCCAAUACUGAUGCAGUGGUACCUGAAUCUGAGAAAUUAUAUAUGGAGGGGCGGAUUGUACAAAAGCUUGAGUGUAGGCCGUAUGCAGACACAGCAUAUUAUAAAUUAAAGUCUGAAUCAAUUAGAAAAGCUUCUUUGCCUCAACGACAAGUGCUGCAGUUAGACAGGAUAGUCCCAACAUUCAAGCCUGUAUCUGAUCAUAAAUAUAAUAUUGAUUACCUGAAGAAGAAGACAGCUGAAGGAAAGAAAGCAAGAGAUGACAAAGAUGCUGUUCUUAAUAUGCUGUUUGCUGCAUUUGAAAAACAUCAGUAUUAUAAUAUAAAAGACUUACAAAAGAUUACGAGACAACCAAUUGUUUACCUCAAGGAGAUAUUGAAAGAAGUAUGUAAUUACAAUUUGAAGAAUCCUCAUAAAAACAUGUGGGAGUUGAAACCAGAGUAUAGACAUUAUAAACAAGAUCAGCCUGCAGAAGCAAAGGAGGAUAAAAGUAGUUCAGACAGUGACUAA